AUGCGCUUCACAAACCCCAAACACUCGCUUUCAACAGUCGACCCCUCAGGCGAAACCUCCGUCUCCCUCCUCCCCACGACGCCCGAAGACAUGUGGCACGCCCACAACCUGAUCGCCGAGUCCGACCUCUUGCGCGCGCACGCCAUCCGCAAAGUCGUCACCACCACCAGCACCGGCUCCACCACCUCCGAGCGUGUACACACCGACCUGACGAUUCGGGUACAAUCCGUCUUCUUCGACCCGGCCGCCUCCUCGCUCCACGUCUCCGGCACUGUCUGCCAAGAAAACCCACACGUCAGCUUAGGCCAGCACCACACUCUUGAUCUGGAACUCAACAGGCCCUUUCAGCUAUGGAAGCGGUCAGGUUGGGACUCGGUAGCCCUCAAAAUGUUGGAGGAAGCGGUAGCGGAGGAUACAGGCGAAGCGACGUGCGCAGUCGUCAUGCAAGAGGGACUAGCGAAUAUCUGUCUUAUUACCGACUUCCAAACCGUCAUCAAGCAGCGCGUCGAGUCCAACAUUCCCAAAAAGCGAGCAGGCGGAUCAGCCAGCCAGGGCGGGAUGACGAGUUUUUACGAAAAGACGCUGGCGACGCUGCUGAGAACUAUCGACUUCACCAAGCCGAGACCGUUGUUGCUGUGCAGUCCGGGGUUCGUGGCGCAGGAUUUUCGGGGGUACAUGCAGAGUGAAGGGCAGAAGAGGACAGACAAAAAAUUGCAGAGGAUAGCGAAGGACGCGGUGGUUGUGCACAGCAGUACGGGGUAUGUGCAUAGCUUGAAUGAAGUCCUGAAAAGCCCGGAGGUGCAGGCCACGAUGAGGGAUAAGCGGUUUACGGGCGAGACUUCGUUGAUGGAUCAGCUGUAUGAGCGGCUGCGGAAAGAUGAUGGGCGGGCGUGGUACGGUGCGAAACCGGUGGAGAGGGCGGUUAAGGAGGGUGCGGUGGGACGGGGAGGGGGUGUGUUGUUGAUUAAUAACAAGUUUUUCAGGAGUCUGGAUAUCAAGACUAGGAAGAGGUUCGUGGCGUUGGUGGAUAAGGUUAAGGAGGAUGGAGGGGAGGCGAGGGUUCUCAGUAGUGAUCAUGAGAGUGGACAGAGAUUGGAUGCGUUGGGCGGGAUUGCGGCUAUCUUGACGUAUCCAAUCUUUGAUUUGGAUGAGGAUGAGGUGGAGGAGGGUGGUAAUGGGGAGGAAGGUGAGCCGGUCGAGGAGGGAGCUAUGAUUAUAUGA